AUGGCAAUUUUUCGAAUAGAUGAAACCAGUGGAAAUUUAACAGUUUUAAAGUCAUUGGACAGGGAAAAGAAGUCACAAUAUUUUUUAACAUCAUGCAACGACAAUAUAAUCUGGAAGGAUCGAGACUAUAUAUUUAUUUUAACUAUCCGUCAUUUUAUAGAUGGUGAUCUGAUAACAGUGAAAGCUGAGGACCUUGAUGCUAGUUCACCAAAUAAAGAUGUGUUUUACAUCAUCAAAAGUGGUGGAUCAGACAAAUUUUCUAUAAACAGUAGUAGUGGUGAGAUUAGGGUAGCUGGGUCUUUAGAUAGAGAAACAGAAACACAUUAUGGUCUGGUAAUUGAAGGUGUUGAUAGAGGAACACCAGCUCUAACUGGUACCACUACUGUUUCUGUACAAGUCACUGAUAUUAAUGAUGAAUCUCCCACCAUUAAUCCUUCUUCUGAUCGAGUUUCAAUAAAUGAAACUAAUCAACUUGGUCUUCUUUACACCAUUAAAGCCAAUGAUAGUGAUUCCAAGGCUAAUCUGAGUUAUACCUUGUCAGAUUGCUAUGGUUACAAUGAACGACAGGAACGGAUUAAUUCAACUUAUUUACAGGAACUGUAA